AAUAUUUAAGUCAGUAUCUUGCUGGGUUAAAUUUUGUCAUUCUGUCGUAUAACAGGAAAGUAUUGUAUACACUUUUUUCUAUUAUGUUAUUAGAUGUGGACUUGAUAUAUAAAGUAGUAAUAUGUCAGUAUAAAUGAGUCUGCAACUUAAUAAUAAGAACAACUCUGUCAGUUUAAUAAUAAAGUGCUUAUAGAUUCAUAUAUGAUAACUAUUUUUGACAUGUUAGACUUAAAACUGUUGUGAUGAAAAGAAUUUAACAAAACUGAUAACUGUUCUCAUUCAUUACCAUUGAAAAAGAGGCCAAAGAAAACAAAAAUGUUUUAGUUAGUAUUUGUGGUACCAUAUGGCUAAUGACACAAUGGAAAGGCUUAUAUAUGUAAACUUCUUCGAGUCUGACAUAGAUAUAAUGGAACACAAACACGCUACUAUAUAAAGAUGUAACAGGCCAGGCUUGGCCAGGCCAGAACACAUCUCUGAGAGAGAGAGAGAGAGAGAGAGAAAGAGUGGCUCCCUGUUUCCCCGUCUCAAGUCCCAUAUUUUUUUUUCUCUUAUUUGAAAAAAUCUCUCUCUUUCUUUCUCUCGUCUUUUUCUCUGUCUCUGUUCCUCUCUUUCCCUGUUUAGAGAGAGGUAACAGGCACAAUGGGGUUAUGGGUUCAUUCCAGUUUCCUUGUUUCAUCAUCAUUGUUCAUGGUUUUGGGUCUUGUUUGCCAGGGAAAUGCGGCUGCCUAUGGCCCUUCCCCUGGCUGUGAUUUGUUCACAGGCAGGUGGGUUUUUGAUCCGUCUUACCCUCUCUACUCUGCGUCUGCUUGCCCUUUCAUUGAAAGAGAGUUCAGUUGCCUAAAAAAUGGACGCCAAGAUCUGAUUUACACACAGUAUAGAUGGCAGCCUCUUGGUUGCACCUUGACAAGAUUUAAUGCAUUGAACUUCCUAGAAACGUUUAGAGGGAAGAGCAUAAUGUUUGUGGGAGACUCUCUAAGUCGAAACCAAUGGCAAUCCUUGACAUGCAUGCUUCACUCUGCAGUUCCCAAUGCCGAAUUCAACAUUACUAGAGUAGGAGAUGUCUCCACAUUUGAAUUCCUGGAUUAUGGAGUUAAGGUGAUGCUUGAUCGCAGCGUGUAUCUGGUAGAUGUUGUGAUGGAAAAGAUUGGUAGGGUCUUGAAGCUUGACUCAAUCGAAGGAGGCAAGCUAUGGAAAGGAAUUGACAUGCUUAUCUUCAAUACCUGGCAUUGGUGGAACCGUCGCGGACCCACUCAACCAUGGGAUUUCAUUGAAGUAGGAGGCGUAAUUAAGAAAGAUAUGGAUCGAAUGCUUGCUUUCGAAACAGCUCUCAACACAUGGGCUAGAUGGGUGGAUGCCAACAUUGAUCCCGCCAAAUCUCUGGUCUUUUUCCAGGGAAUUUCUCCAUCGCAUUACAAUGGAUCAUCUUGGAAUGAACCCAACGCAAAGAACUGUCUAGGGCAGAAGCAGCCAUUGCUUGGUACAACAUAUCCAGGAGGUCUACCACCAGCUUUAGAUGUGCUGAAGAAAGUUUUAAGCACAGUGAAAAAACCUGUUAAGUUGCUAGAUAUAACCAUGCUCUCGUUGCUUCGCAAAGAUGGACAUCCUUCAAUGUAUGGGCGUGAAGGACCGACAGGAAUGGAUUGCAGCCAUUGGUGUCUUGCAGGAGUUCCAGAUACUUGGAACGAGAUUCUUUACAAUCUUAUUCUUUGAACAUCGAUUUGUUAACAUGAACUAAUAAUGUCAUAAUGAUGAUCAAUUGCUCAUUUGAUUCCUACCUCACUAUCGGCUCAUUACACAGAGCUCAUGUGAUGCGCUAGAGGCCAACGUGUAAACUCUUCCGUACAAAUUUAGUUCUCUUUUCCUUAA